AUGGUCAGCACUUACACCAUCACCGUUAAGAACCAAUCAGGGGUCCAGCGCAAAUACGCCCUGCUCAACAAGAAGCCAAAGGUUACCGGAACGGUCCAAGGCGAAGUCUGGUCCAACGUUUUUGCCACCAAGACUCUUUCUGUAGACUACCGUGCCACUUUCAAGCUUACCAACAAGUACUAUGCUGUCGUGGGCUCCAGUGAUGGCAAUCCUGGUGACGCAGUACAUAUGGAUAUUAGUGGAAAUCACGAAGUCACGCUGGGCGUUAAGACAGAAACAGGGGGGAUUAUUCCGGGCAGCACUCUCAAAAUGGUUGUCGACGACGAUGUGCCUCAGCUUUCAACUGAGACUUUCCCUAACUCGUCCCUGGCCAACGCGUUUGAGAUCCAAACGGGUGAAUUCAGCACUGCAAAGGCCAAAAAGGGCAAAUAUAUGAUUGGUGUUGGUGGCUCGACCAACGGCACUGGCCUCUCAGGUGCACAAGCAACCUUCUGCCCUGAGCCCCUUACAACGUAUCAGAUUGAACCUUCCAAUACCUACUACCUUACGUGGGGUAAAUAUGAACAGGGAGACCUGGUUAACUACACCGAAGUCGCCAACAUCAAGGAGAUUGACUUCACAAAGCUCCCCAACGAGAUCGCCAUCAUCCAUGACGACUGCAACCGGCUAGAAAUUCAGGAGUAG